AUGUAUAAGUUCAGAGAUUGCAAUAACCCGGAGCAUGCGCAACUGUAUACCGCAGCUAAAGAUGCUUACUUACAGAUUUCUAAGCAGGAAGACAUGUAUUGGCGCCAACGUGUAAAGAAACACUGGUUACACGAUGGUAAUCUUAAUACACGCUACUUUCAUAACAUGGCUUCAGUAAGGAGAAGGAAAAAUUUACUGGUGCAACUUAAGCAUAAUGAUGGAAAAUGGGUUGGAUGGGAUAACGGACUCAAAAAUCUGACUAUCACCUUCUAUACGAAUCUGUUUUCAUCCAAUCAAGGGAGUAUGCACGAGAUCCUGGAGAUGGAUCGCAUGCAAAACCAUGGCCAAUCGAAUGAGAAAGUUUAUGAAUGUAGCAAUUACGGAGGUCCAAAGUGCCUUCAUCCCUGGAAGAUUUAUUCGGACAAUGCAAUGAUUUCUCUUGAAACGAUGCACUACUUGAAACUCAAAACACAGAGGAAAAAAGGAUAUGUGGCUUUAAGGCAGCAUCUGUUUCACACCUAUUUUUUACGGACGACGCCUUGCACUUUUCUCAGGCAGAGAUUGGUCAAUUUGCAAAAAUCUGAUUUAUACUUUAGUCAGAAUACAUUGAAAGAUAUAAAGAUAGCGAUAAAACAUGCGCUUGGAGUGAAAGAGAUUGCUACCUCGAGCAAAUAUCUCGGAUUACCAUCCAUUGUGGGUAGAAAAAAGAAGGACAUCUUCCAAUAUGUAUUAGAUAAAGUUUGGAAAAAAAUGCAAAGGUGGAAGCAAAAGUACUUCUUUAGAGCUGGUAAGGAAAUCCUACUGAAAACAGUGGUGCAAGCUAUCCCAAAUUAUGUUAUGAUGCUAUUUCUUGUCCCAACAAGAACUUGUGACUCAAUUGAGAAAGCAAUGAAUGGGUUCUGGUGGCGUGGAAAAGGUGGUGACCCUCGGGGAAUGAGAUGUAUGGCAUGGAAAGGGCUAUGUAAACGAAAAGAAGACGGAGGAUUGGUAUUUCGAGAGGUGCAGGAUUUUAAUUUGGCUAUGCUAGCAAAAACAGCAUGGAGUUUGUUGACACGACCGGAGGCACUAGUGAGCCGAAUAUACAAAGCUCGAUACUUCCCUACAGGAGAUUUUCUUUCAGUAACAGUGGGAAAUAACCCCAGUUAUGUUUGGCGCUCAUUAUGCGUGGGGUUACAGGUCUUACAAGGGGGCUGUGUUAGGCGUAUAGGAGAUGGACGUACAAUAAAAAUAUUCCAUACUCCAUGGCUACCAUCCGACCAAUUGCAAGUUAUUCAAAGUGUGAGCAAUAAUGGGAUUGAGGAGAUGGUCGUGUCAGAAUUAAUAUGUGAGGAGACUCGAACAUGGAGAGAAGUGAAGCCGGAGACAAUUUUUAAUGCACAGGAGAUUGAACUAAUACAAAAAAUACCACUAAGCUCGACCUGA